AUGAGUAUCUAUUAUCUUUAAGAUUAGUUAAGCGAAAGGAAGAACUUAGAUAGUAAUUCAUUUUCAACAAAUUAGAAUUACAAUGAAGCAAAUAGUUAAUUUAAUAAUUCUUUAAGAGAUGGAGGAUUAAAGCGUCGACAUUUGCUGGACUUGAAUCCAAUGGAAGAGAUAAAUAAUAGAUGUGAUGAUUAUAGUGAUAUAAAUAGAUCUUAAACAAUAGAAAAUGUUCUAGCAGCAAGUUUUAUUAAUAGCAAUAACGUGAAUAACAACUCUCAUAUAAAUAUAAAAUCAAAUGUGAAUAUAAAUUUAGAUUAAUUUAAAAAUGGAUAAAAUGAGUUAUAUGGUCACCUUGAGCCUUCGAAAUUAAUGUUUACGUCUUGGCAGAAAUCGCCUUAAGACACUAAUUGCUACCAGUCCUAAUAUUUAUAGCCAGCAAACUAAAAAGUAGAAGAAGCGCAGUAGUUGGCUCAUAUUAAAUCAGGGGAACAUGUGCCUAGUUUGAAUAUAGACACACGGUUAAAAUCCAUGGAUACAUUUCUGCCUCAUUCAAGGUCUGAUGCUAUAGAAAUUGAAAGACAAAAUAUAAGAUCUUCCAAACUGGAGAUUUAAAAUACAAAUAAUCAUCUCGAUAUGAAAAGUGAGGAGAGAAAGUCUAAUGUGAUAAGAGUUGUUGGGAGUAAAUAGCAUUUAACAUCGAACUCAAAAUUAAAUAUCGAUCUAAGACAGGAAUAGAGAAGAAAAUCAAAAAAAAAUAUAUAAUAUUUUAUGCUUUUCAAGAGAACAAAUUUAGUGAACAAGUUUGUAAAUAAUAUAAAGAAUAAGGCAUCUGGUUAUAUAUUUCGAAGAUUCAAAAGCAGACAAUUUGAAAUUUUAGAAGAUCUUUCAACUGAUUUUUAAUAUUAUGAAAAUAAAGGUCUCAUUCUUCCAACAAUACUCACUAUACAUCAGUCAAUGUUGAUUCCGAUCAGAAAUGCAAUAAACAGUUUCUUAGACUCAUCUACUUUCAUCAUCCAGCCUGAAUCUAUAGUAACUGUAAUAUGGGAAAUCUUUGCCAUCAUAGCAUAUUUGAUGCUGAUUAUAAUAUUACCGAUCGACAAUAAUUUUGAUUUGAAAGCUUUGGAGAAAUAUCAAUUCAUCCACUAAAUUCCUUUAAUUAUAAUUCCUAUCGAAAUUCUUCUCAAAUUAAGCACUGCAGUAUAUAAAAGAGGAAUGAUCAUGGAAAACAGAAGACAAAUCUUUAAAAAGUUCUUUAAAAAUGAUGCAAAGUUUGACUUAACUACACUUUUGAUUUACACAAUAUCGCAGUUUGGUAGUCAAUUUAACUUUCUUGAAUAUGUCAUUACAAUAAAAAUUAUCCAAGUUAUUGCAUCAUUCAAAAACUUGGUUCAUAAAUUUGAUAGGGAAAUGAAAUAUUCUGUUUUGGCAAAAAUAGUAACAUUGAUCAUCGUUAUAUUAACAUUUUCACACACACAAGCGACCAUAUUUGUUAGGAUAGGACUAUAUGAAAGGGAUUAAAAAUUAAAUUCUUGGAUUGAUCUGCUACAAUCUAAUCCAACAGACACUUAAAUUUAUAUCUCUAGCAUCUAUUGGUCAAUAAUUACUAUGGCUACGAUUGGCUAUGGAGAUUUACAUCCAGUCACAGACAUUGAGAUGAUCUAUGUUUCUAUUAUAUCGCUCAUUUCAAGUGGCAUAUUUGGAUAUUCUCUCAACCAAAUAGGAUAAAUUGUUGAUUCUUUUGAAAAGAAGUCAGAAGAGUUUAACAGAGACAUGCAGAUACUGAAUAAGUAGAUGAAUCAAAGAAACUUAAACAGUAAGCUGCAGCACAAAGUAAGAAAAUAUUUUGAAUAUCUGCAUAAAGAAGAUUAAAUAGAUGAUGAUAAAGGCAAUUAAAUGAUAUCGAAUUUGCCAACUUCUAUGAAAUAAAAUAUAUUGUUUGAUAUUAACCAUAAAAUCCUGUAUGCUCAAAAAGCUUUUUCUUUAAAUUUUUCAAAGUAAUUUUUGAAUCUUCUAGCCUUAGAAAUGAAAACUCUUAAAUUGGGACCAGAAGUAGAUCUUUUUACAAAUAGUGAAACCGAUGAUAGGUGCUACUUUAUCUUAAAAGGUUAAGUUGAAGUAUACAUAAACCUAAGUAACAGACAAAAAACAUGCUACAUCUUAAAAAAAGGAGAUAUGUUUGGAGAGAUAGAAUUUCUUUGUUAACAAUAGAGAAUAAAAUGCGCCAAAACUCUUAAUGUUGUUACGCUGCUCUAUAUUGAUUAUAAGGAUUUCAUCAGAUGCAUCAAGAACUUUGAUUAAGAUUUUGAGAAAUACUCAAUGAUCAAAGAUAAAGCCAGACUUUACAAUAACUUAGAAGGUUUGGAUAGAAAAUGCUUAAGUUGCAAAAAAUUUAAUCACUAGUUUGUGAGUUGUCCAUAGCUUUAGUAUUGGCCUAAUAUGGACAAGCUAAUACAUGAAUGCAACAAAUCAUACUUUCAAGAAAGAUCUAAUGAAAUUGUAAGAAAAGAAAAGAAUAAAAUAAAUGCUAUUAAAGAAUAGCGCUAAGUAAGCGGGUAUAUUAAUAGGAUAUACUUCAGAAAUGGUGAAGAAGAAGAGGAUUAUGAUAAUGAUGAAACAGGUAAUAAUAAUGAUAGAAAUGAUGAAACCCUCUCUUAUAGCAAGUAGUAAAUAGAUAAUUGUGCUCCUUAAUACAAGUUCACAUAAGCAUAAACAAUAAACUAAACAGAAGAUUAUUUGACAGAAGAAGCUUAAUUGUCAAGUACAAAUAUUCAAAUUCCAAAGUAAUUUUAGAUUUAUCAUAGGAUAUUUAAUUAUUAAGUUAUUUAUAUCUUUAUCAGUACUAAUUAGCAACAAAGUUUUGUCAUGAAUAGAAAUAAAAGUGUUAGUAUUUUAGAAAAUGACAUACUUAAACGAGCUAACUCAAGGAAAUUUUCAAAAAAACUUUCAAUCAAGAAGGAUAAGAAAAAAAAUACAUUGAUACUUUUAGGAAAUAUGCAAUACGAUGAAGAAGCUCUAUCUCCCUCGAAAAGAAUUAAAAUUAAUUUAGAUAGCUCAUAAAUUGAUAUUCUAGCUGCUGGUCUAAAUCAAUCAUUUAAUUUAUAACCCACUAUUAAUUCCUUAACUCAUAUAAAUACAGCUAGCAUACAAUAGCAAAAUAACACUCUUUAAAACAUACCGCUACCAUCUACUUAGGUAGCAAAUUAAAGCCUUUUUUCAUAACAAAAUUAAAAAUAAUAACAAUAAAAUUCGUCGUUUAAUUAACCUUAAAACAUAAAUUCUAUUUAGCUAAUUCCUUAGUAUAAAAUUUAAAAUAAUAAUGGGAGUAACUAAGACAAUAACACAAAUAUUUUGAUGCCCUAAAUCGAUUUAGAUAUCUAUAAAACAUUCUCAAAAAUAGAAGGAAACCAUACGAACAGUAGAAACACAAAAACACUCUAUGAAGGGAAUAUUUAUGGCCAUAGUGAACGACAAAUUAAUUUUGGACCAUAGUCAUUUGAUUUAAUGAAAAUUUACAAAAUAUAUUUUCCACAUAACAAUGUAAACUUAGUUAUUAAGAGAUACUAAACUUUCAUGAAGCAAACUAGUUCUAUGUAUUAAACAUAAAAUAAUAAAAGGAAAAAACUUCAUAGAUACUGA